AUGGAAAACUUUUCGAGAGUUGAAAAAAUUGGCGAAGGAACAUACGGCGUAGUUUAUAAGGCAAGAGACAAAGUAACCGGUAAAGAAAUUGCUCUGAAGAAAAUAAAACUUGAAAAUGAACCUGAGGGGGUUCCAUCAACAGCUCUCAGGGAGAUAUCAGUGUUGCGGGAGUUGAAACACCCGGCCGUGGUCCGCUUGCUGGAUGUGUUGCUGGCUGACACCAAGCUGUUCCUGGUCUUUGAGUUCCUACACAUGGACCUCAAACGACUCAUGGAUAUAACCAAAGGACCUCUGCAGCUGGACCUUGUGAAGAGUUACUUGCGUCAGCUGUUAGAGGGCGUGGCCUACUGUCACGCGCACCGCGUCUUACACCGUGACCUCAAGCCACAGAACCUGCUGGUGGACGUGGAGGGUCACAUCAAGCUGGCCGACUUCGGUCUGGCGCGAGCCUUCGGUAUCCCCGUGCGCGCCUACACGCACGAGGUGGUCACGCUCUGGUACCGGGCGCCCGAGAUCCUGCUCGGAGCCAAGUUCUACUCCACCGCCGUGGACGUGUGGAGUCUGGCCUGCAUCUACGCCGAGAUGGCCAGCGGCAGGACGUUGUUCCCGGGUGACAGCGAGAUCGACCAGCUGUUCCGAGUGUUCCGCGCCCUCGGCACGCCGGGUGAGGACGUGUGGCCCGGCGCGCGGCUGCUGCCUGACUACCGCGCCGCGUUCCCCCGCUGGCCGCGGCGCGAGGCCCGCCUGCUUCUGCCGCCGGCCGCCCGAGCCGCGCCGCACGCCGCCGGCCUGUUCGAGAGCAUGUUGCGCUACGAACCCAGCGAGCGCGUGUCGGCGCGCGCCGCGCUGCUGCACCCCUACCUGGCGGACGCACGCCUGCUGCCGCCCCCCCUGCCGCCCCAACACUCGCCUCCCGCCGCCGACUGCACCGAUCGUCCCGACGACUUCUGA